AUGAAGUUGAAAGAUUUGUUAAUUACCCAUUUAAUACUAAAUAGAAUUUUCCUUUCUUUUGGCCAGUAAGUUGAUGUUAGUAAAUGUUACUAAGCAUGCUAAGAUUGCUCUAACGAUAAAAAUUUUGAGUGCCUUGGAUGUAAAUACCCAUUUUAUUUUGAUCAGAAUAGUUAUAAGUGUGUCUAAUCUUGCCCAAGUGGAACAUAUGAAAACUAAAAAAUGGAAUGUGUUUCCUGCGCUUCUUAAUUUUGCUUAAGCUGCUCACCUACUGAAUGCUAUUAAUGCUAAUCUGGAUACUCUGUUAAUCCAUAAGAUAAAUAAGGAUGCAUUUCGAAUUGCUAAGAUGGAUAAUAUUUGUUUGAUGGAGAGUGUGUAUAUGAAUGCAGCAUUUAAUCUAAUAGUUAUUCCUUAGAUCCAUCUUCUAAUACAUGCAUUUAUCUAUAAAUCUGCCCUUAGUUAUCUUAUAUUCCUGCAUCUUAAAUGGUUGGUAAAAUAUAAUUCUUUAGCACUUCUAUCAGUGGAGAUAAUAGCACUCUGCUUUAGAUUGAUGAAUAUGGCAAAUUUAUUGUCAAGUCAAUUCCUUAGCUCAUACCUCAAGCUUAUUAUAAAAUUCCAUAAUUAGCAUUUAUCACAAAAUGUGUUAAGCUAGUAGAAGAAUCAACACAAAACAAUAUAUUAUCUUGCAUGAAUACUAAUACCUAAGUUUUUACUUUCUAUAUCUCAUCUGGUCUACUCUUAUCAUAAAAUGUUACAUUUAAUUAAUAAAUAGCAAAUGCGUAUUAUUUAGAUGGAAUGAAAAUAACUUUUUUGACUUAAACAGGAUAAAUAGUCUAAUACAACUUCCAAUCUUAGUAAUUUUUGGUUGUUGAUAACUCGUCAGAUAAUCUAAAUUAAAUACUUAGCGUUUAAAAUUAUCAGCAAAAAAAUGAUCAAUAUAUUCUUGCUAUCAACUCCAAAAAUACAAUUUACUAUUAUGAUUAAUCAUUUAAUAAAAAUAUACUUUUAUAGUAUUCGUCUAAGAGCACUCUUUAAAUGAUAAAUUUAAAUACUCAAGAUAUGUGGGCGUUCUACUAAAAUAAUAAAAUAGAUUUUUAUUCAGUAAUAUUUGGUUAUGCUCCUUCAUUAAUCAAAUCAAUUACUUCAUAAACUGCCAUCUUUUCAAUGUUGAGAUCUAACUAAACUUUGAUUCUAAUUGGUGGUCAAAAUUUAACAGCUACUUAAGUAUUCUAAAUUAGCUCAAAUAAGUAAGUCACUGAAAUAACGAACACAUUACCAGCUAGUCUCUUUAAUUCUGACUGCUUUUGGAAUACAAAAGAUUUCUAUUUCUCUUAAAAACAAGAUCUACUUUACAUUUUCAACUUUACGUCAACUAAUUUUGCUCUUUCUUUUACUUUACAAUUGUCUUAACCUUUAGUUUGCUCACUAACUUCCUUUGAUGUUUUGAAAUAUAAUGAUAAAGUUUAUUUGUUAACUGUAAUAAAAUAAGAUUUGUAAAUUUAAGAGCUCACUUAAAGCCAAUUAACCUCUGUAAAUUCUAGUUAAAUAUAUUUCUCAUCUGAAUAGCAUGCCAAUUAAUAUACUUAAAGAUUAUCAAAUUCGAUAAUAAAUAAUUUGUUUAAUACUGCUACAAAUAAUUAGAUUUUAGAAUUAAAUGGAAAUGGCAUUGCUAAUUAAUAUGAUUUAGAGUCAAGAUAGAUUGCUAAAUAAUUCUAUUUUUGGGAUGAUUUAUAUUAUCAAGAUUAAAUCGCCAUUAAAAGUUAUAAUUUUUACUGUUUCUUAGUUGUAGAAGAAGAAGAAAAGCUAAUACUUACUGGAAUAAGAAAUGGGAUUUUAACUAUAAGAGAAUUGAAUUUAUAUACUUUUGAAAUACUUUUAGAAAACUAAUUUAGUAAUGUAGACAUCUAACCAAGUUAAAUAAAUUUUUUUAGACAACCAUUCUAUAUCCAAAGUACAAAAACCUUGAUAGUUUAUAUUAAUAAUUAAGAAAUUAGUGAACUUUAUGCAGAAUUAAGACAGCUUCAUGUUUUUCAUUACAGCUAAAUAAAUAACUAAUACGACUACAAAUUCUCAAUAAGAUAAAUAGUAAACGAUGUUUAAUUUUCAUUGAAAACAGGUGAUGUGAUUUGUUUCCUAGUUUUGGAUGUUUACCUCAGUUAAAUAGUGAUCUAUAAUAUUUACAAAGAUAUCAAUAUAUUUAGUGAAUAUAAUAGCGUUUUAUCUUAUUAUUUAUCUCCAAAUUUAAGCUAUUAGAUAUUUAGCUUAAGUCCUUAUAAUACAGUUUAAAUUGUAUCUACUGCAGAUAAUAAAAUACUCUAAGUAAUAACUAUUGGUGCAUACCUUCCAUAGUAUAUUAGAUAUGACAACAAAGUAUUCAUUUGUAGUAAUACUUACACUUUAUCUUACUAUGACGGAGAUACAAACACGCUUAUACUAUACCAAAACUAAUAUUAUGGAUAAAAUAUUUAUGCCUUUUUACAUAAAUAAAAUUAGAUAAUAUUCAUAAAUACCAACAUCUAUCUCACAAUUAGUUUAGAUGAUCCAAAUCUUUAAUUAUAGUUGGUAGCAUCAAAUACUAGAUAUUAUCCAUUUAAAUUUAACGAUAUUUAAAUCCCAAUAACUCUUAAUAAUCAUUAGGUACAAUAAAUAGUUGAUGUUAAAUAAAUAUUUUGCUAUUAAUAUUAAAGUGCAGAUUAUUUAAAUAAUUUAUUUUUCUUACAUAUUGUUAAUUUAUAUGAGUUAGACAUAUAGCUUAAUAUAUAUACAAAUUUGAUAAGAGUGAUAAAAUAGCAAAAGUGGGUUACAGAUAUUGUUAUUGAUUUACUACAACCACAUUAGCUAGUAGUUGAAAAUUACAAAUACUAUCUAUAGUAUGAUAAAAAAGGAUUUUAUUUUCUCAAUUAAAACUAUAUGGUAAUAAUUAUUGGAUAUCAUAUUGCUUUCGUUAGCUCAUCUAACUUUAAAAUUCUUUUUCAUUACGUAUCUUAAUUACCAUAAUUGAAUCUUGCUUAUGAUGUAGAAUUAGGAUAUAUGGCCUUUAUAGAAAACUUAUAAGAUUGCAUAAUCGAUUUAAACGAUAUUUCUAAAAAUUGCAUAUCUAAUAAUUAUCCAUUUAGCAUUGGUAAUUUUUAUGGAACUAUUAUUUAAAGACAAAAAUAGUUGAUCAUCUUUUAUAGUUAAUAUAGUUUAAGAGUGUACUCUUUAAAAGAAUAAAUUUAUAAGUUUGUAAAAUAUUCAAGAGACUUUUUACCUUAUUCUAUAUAUUAUAACGAUUUAUGUAGCACUAUCAUUAUUGGAGAUAAAUAAACAUAAAGAUUUAAGAUAUUUAAUUUAGAUACACUUAAAUUAUUGGAUACAUCGUUCCCACCAUUUAGUACUUAAACUUUUGAAAAUUUGUAUCAGUUUUAUUUUUUCUCUGAUCAAAUACAAGUGAUACUAUUUUCUUCAUACAGUAAUUCUAUAGUAAUCUAUAACAUAAAUACUUAUGAGAGCCUGAAAACAAUCUAAUUAUAGUACUAAUUUAAUUAACAAAGUCAAGUAGUUGUUGAUGAAAAUCUUGAUUUGAUUAUAUUCAUUGAUAAUUAAAAUUAAAUUGAGAUUAUUUCUUACGAUACCAACUAAGUUGUUAAAAUAUUUUAAUUAGAUAAGUAAUAGAAUGACUCAAAUGCUUACUAGAAAAUGUUGGUUUGGGAUCAUUAUAAGAGAAAGCUUUUUGCAAGCUCAAAUAACAUAUUUUAUAUCUUUGAUUAUGAUACUAACAUUUUUAUUUGCAAAUACUAAUUUUAGCUUCCAAUUUUUGAUAUUUAUAUUAGCUUUAAUAAAAAUUAUAUAUUUGUUACAGACUAUUUGAAUUUAAAAGUUUUUGAUUACUCUAUCCUAGAGUUUAAUUUUAAUUCAUUGUUGCCUUAAAAUUUAACUCCAAAUAUAUUAAAGAUAGAUGAAAACCAAUAUAUUUUAUUUGAAAACUCUCAAUCAACUCUUAAAAAUAUAGUUAAUGGUGAAGUAAAGGAUGUUAAAUACUUUAAUCAACUAAAUCCUUCAUACUUUUACUUCAAUUUUUACAAUAAAAAUAACUCCUAAAUUUAUGUAAUAAUAUUUAAUUAGCUCUUAAUCUAUAAAGUAACUUCAACCAGAAUAAGACCGAUAUUUUCUUAAUUGCUUGAUUCUUAAAUAAUAACUUUCAUCAGUGAUUCAGAUUUCCAAGUUCUUUUUCUUACUCAAAAAUAGUCUUUAUAUUAUCUUUAAAAGAAUCAAACUAAUCCAUAGCUCUUGAUUCUAACCUAUAUCUCAACAGGAGUAGGCCAAUUUUUUAUGAUUGAUGAUUCGUUUUUAAUAUACUCCUCAACCAAAAAUACAAGCUAAUGGAAUAAGAUAAUGUUUUAAAACUCCUCAUCUCUUUCUACUUAAAUAAAACUAGAUUAAUUUUAAUUUAAAAUAUAAUAAAAUGAUAUUGUAAAAAAAAUUGUUAGAAUAGACAAUACUUAGAAUAUCAUAAUAUUGACCAAUCAAUGUAUACAAAUAAUAGAUAUUUAGACAGGAAAUAUUUUAUAAAUCUCUCAAUUAGAUCACUAAGACAUGCAAUCUUAAAUCUGCUUUGAUCCUCUUUAUUAAAGGAUUUACUAUGUAGAUAGAAUUGAAGGAUUAAAAGUAUAUGAUGUAAACAUGAACACUAUUAAGUAGAAUUUACCAUCAUCAGGUAUAAAAUUAAAAAUUGAAGGCUCUUUCAUAUUCAUGCUUUCAUUUAACUCUGUAAGUAUAUAUUUAAGAAAAGACCUCAAAUUUUUUUAAGUAAUUAGAAAUUUUAACAGCACUUAAUCACUAAUAGAUAUUGAGUACACUGGAUUUAACAAUAUAUUCGUUUUAUAUUUUGACAAUUCAAUUAGUUUCUUUAAUGCUAACCCCUUCACUUAGCCUAAGCAAAUUGAUUUCUUAUAAGUAUAAAAUUAUAAGGUUUUAUAAUCAUAAGUAUAAUCACAGAAUUCUUAGUAUUUAAUCAUUGAUAUGAUGAUUAUAACUAUAGAAAAUACUAUCAAAUACACUGCUUAGCUAAAUAUUGGCUCUAUUUCAAAUAAUAUUUGUUCUGCCUAAUUAUAAAUACAAACAGAAUAAAAUGAUAUAAUAACAAAAAAUCAAUAAAGUGAUUAUUUGAAUUUAUUAUCACUAAAAUAACUCUUAAUUUAGAGCAUUAUUUAUAAUAUGUACAUAAAUAAUGGCGAAUAAACUGAUCUAAAGUAUCCUUUUGUUAGCUCUAGCUCUGUGACAACCUAAUACUCGCUGAAUAUUUAAGCAAUAAACAAUAAUAGUAUUUAUCUAAAAACUCAAAACAGCACAGAUUAAAAUAUUGUAGACCUCCAACUCUAAAAUUUAAAAAUUUCAUUUAAAAACUUAAAUAAUACUCAAUUCAAGUUUGGAAAUCAAACAUUUUAAAAAUUAGAAAGACUAUUUUUAAAUUACAUAGAAUUAUCAGACUUUGGAAAUAAUCAACUAACAUUUGAAGGUAUCAAUCAUCUUUUUAUCUAAAAUUUAGUGAUUAAUGGAGAAUAAAUUCAACAAAUUAAAACGUAGAUUAUUCUUUUCUAAAAUAUUGAUAUAAUUAUAAUACAGAACAUAACUUUUAUCAAUUGUUAAUUUAAUAAUAUCAUUAAUCUACUUACAUUUGUUAAGAUAAACAAAUUAACCAUUAAUAACUUCAACAUCAUACUUAAUAGUUUAAAUUCAAACUUUUAGCAAAGCUCUAUGAUAAAUAUUUCAUAUAUCAAAUUACUCACAAUAAAUAAUACUAAUCUUUUACAGAAUAUAUUUUAGAAUGUUUAACUAUUCAAAAUAACUAAUGUUACUUCAAUUAGCUUUAGCAACAUGAUAUCAAAUUAAAAUAAAAUAAUAACAAAUUAAAAUGUAGCUCUACAAGGAAUUAUUUUCUAAUUUGAAGCAAUUCCGUAAAUAGAUUUCCAAAAAAUCAAAUUUACUACACUUAAACUUACCUCACUCUCAUCCAUUUCUUUACUAAAAUUAUCUAAUAUAAAUGAAACUUUACUAUUUAAUGAUUUUUAAUUCGAAAACUUUAAAUUAGAAAACAAUUAUAAUAGCUCAAUUAGUAGCUAAUAACUUUUUAUUUUAGAAUGCGAGGGAAUAAUUAAUUCUAAUUUCUCAAAUAUCCAGAUAAUAAAUUCAGAUAUGAUAGGAUUUAUUAAUUUACAGGACUUAAAUAAUAAAAACGGAAUUAUUAUUUAAAAUUAAAUAUCAACCUACUCCAACUAUUAUCAUUCUCUUUCAAAAACAAAUCAACUAAUGUUACUUAAUGCUUAAUAAUUAACUAUAUCAAAUUCUAAUUUUUCAUCUAUCUCUAGCAUUAAUUCCAAUUCUAACUUUAUUGAAAUUUAAGUAAGCUAAAAUGUUCUUUUAGAUACAAUUUAAAUUUAAAGUGCUGAACUUAAGUAAAAUAGUUUUAUUUAUAUUUUCUAAACCACUUCAGUAGUUAUCUAGAAUGUUGAUUCAAAUAAUAUAGAAACAAAUAGCAUAGCAAGUGUUUUUUAUUUGUAUUAAAUUUCUAGGUUAAUAAUGAAAAAUAACACUUUUAUCUCAAAUAAAUCUUACCUUGAUGGAGGAGCUAUAUAUUUAAACUUAAUAACAGAAAUAAUCUUAUCAGAUAACACUUUUAAGUAAAACCAAUCAAAAACAGGAAAUGGGGGAGCUAUUUACUGCUUUAGUAGCAUAUUUUCUUAGUUUGAGGGCAAUACUUUCUUUAAAAAUUCUUGUCCAUAAGGCUCUGGUGGAGCAUUAUUGUUGAACAAUUGUGAUAUUUAAGACAUGACAUAAAAUACUUUCUAAUAAAACUCUGCUCUGAUAGGAGGUGCAUUUAGAUAUUAAGGCAUAUAGCCUUAUGUUUUAUAAAAAACAAAUGUCAGUAGAAGGAUACUUACCUUAAAUUUAAACUCUUUUAUUAAAAAUUUUGCAUAAUUAUAUGGAAAAAAUAUAGGUUCCUAUCCUAUUUAUUUGGAUGUUAAAAAUUAAAUAAAAAAUGACUCAAAUACCUAAAAUUUUAAAUUAGAAAACCUAUAAAGUGGUAGCACAUCUUCACCAAUAUUAAUGAGAUUAAUUGAUGAAGAAAUGAGGGAAGUAAGUUUUUUUAAAAAUACAACUUAGAUAAAUUAAGAGAUUCUGAUUGAAUUUGGUAGCUAUUUACUUGAAUUCUAGAGUUAAGAAGUUGGGCUUGAUGGUAAUCUCAGAUAGAAUUACAAUUUUGAUUAAUUUGGUUUCCUUUUUAAUGUGUCCUAUUCUUAUUAACCUAACGCUAACUCUUCUAUUAUAGUUAAAACAAUUAGCCCUAUCUUUAUUUUAAAUACCACAACUUUUAAAUUCGACUAUCAAGAGCUAAGUAUUCCUAUUAGUGUUAACUUUAGGAAGUGUUAGUAAGGAGAAAUUUAACAAACUUUUUAGAAAUAUAAAAUAUGUUAUACUUGCUAAUAAGGAAAUUAUUGCUUACAAGAUCCAAGUUAGUUUGAAAAUUUAUAAUGUCUCAAAUGUCCUAUAGGUUCUAAAAAUUGCCAUUCAAAUGUCAUACAGUUAUAAAAUGGAUACUGGAGUAAGGACGAAAAUUCAGACUAAGUAUAUUAAUGUAUUAAUCCAGAAAAUUGUAUCCCUGAAGAUCCUUCAAAUAAAUUUGGAUGCUCACUGGGGCAUGUAGGAGCUAUUUGUGAAUCUUGUGAUUCUUAAGGAGUUAUUUGGGGUUCAAAAUAUGGAAAAAGUAAUGGUGGAAUUUAGUGCUAAGAAUGCGUUAAGCAAAAUACAAUUGACUCUAUUUUAUUUCUAAUUUUAUUAUUAAUUAUAUUUUGCGGAUAUUUAAUAUUUUAAAUUUAAAGAUAGUUGAUAUUAAUAUAAAUUAAAAUGAGUUGGUUUUAUUUGAGAAAGCUUAAAUUAAUUUUACUAAAUAAUCAAAACAUUAGUAGUUCUUCUUCCUACAUUAAAAUUCUUAUUAACUAUUUAUAGUUUAUUGCGUUAAUAAAUAACUUUGGUAUUUAGACUUAAUAAUUUCUCUCUGUUGUUGAAAUUGGAGGUGGUGAUCCAGUAUAGCAUACAGUUUAUAAUUUAGAUUGUAUAUUUAAUAAUAAUGAUUUCUAAAUUCCAUUGUAUGCUAUUAGAGUAUUAUUUAUCAAUUUUUAAAUAAUUGUUAUAUAUUUGCUGAUCCAACUAGUAAAGCUCCUCACAAACAUCUUUAAGAUAGAUGACCGCUCAUUUUAGAUUUCUUCUUUCAUACUAAUAUACUUAUUCUUUAGUUCUUCAAUAAUUAAAGUAUUGAUAUAGUCUUCAUCUUGUAGAGAAAUAGCAGGAAAUCUAUAUAUUAUUUCUGAAAUGCAGUAUGAAUGCUAUACUUAAUAACACACUUAAAUCCUACUAUAUUUAAUAGGACCAUUACUUUUAAUAUGGUUCAUAAUAAUCCCAACAUCAUUUUCUAUUUAUUUGUACAGUAAAAGAUAAAAAUUACAAAGCUUGUUUUAUCUGAAUAAAUACGGUCUUUUGUACUAAGAAUAUAAAGAAAAGUCUUAUUAUUGGGAUUUAGCUAGAAAUCAAAUAAGAACAUCUCUAGUUAUAUUUCUAAAUUUAAUUAGGACUUCACCGAUACUAAAAGCUAUGCUUUUAUAAUUUUUGAUGUAAAUUUACCAUAGAAUUUUGAUCAUAGUAAGUCCUUAUUAAAGAUAGUAAUUAAAUAAUAUUGAUUAACUAUCUUGCAAAUUAGUUAUAAUGAGUAUUUUCAUAAUAUAAAUGAUAUUAGUUACAGAUAAUACUUCAUUUAUACUACUAUAAUAAAGCAUUUUAAUAAUUAUCAAUGUAAGUUUCAUAGGAAUAUUGCUCUUAAUAAUAGUAUAAAGGCCUGUUCCUUACAGUAUAAUUGACCAAAAUAUGCUUUAAAAAUUCUAAAUUUUUCUAUCCAAAUUAAUUCCUAAUUCUAUUUACAAACUUGCAUAUUAAAAAUAGAUAAAUUUAUUAAGAAUAAAUUCUCUAUGGAAAACAGUCAAAAGGAAUUUAAGAGAGGUGAUUGCAAUAGAAGCAAAUUUUAAGAACUAAAAAUGGGCUUAGCAAUAAAAACUGCAUUAGAAAGAUAGUUUAUUUAAAAUUAGAAAUUCAACAAUUAGCAAACUGCAAAAAAGUAUUUUCUAAUAGUAAGCGCAAGAAAAUUCUAAUUUAGAGAAAGACCAAUAAUGA